AUGGCAUUUCAGAGUUUUCUUCAAGUUUUCUUCUUGGCUCUCAUUUCCUUUCUGUUUCUAUACCGCUUGAUGAGAUAUAAAAAUGGGUGUCCAAAGAGUUCUGCUGGCAUUGUUGAGCUUCUCCUCAACGUUCAUCGGGUCCACGACUGGUGUACUGAGACUCUAGAAAGCUGCAAGGGCACUUUUGUUUUGGAGGGCCCUUGGUUUGCUAAGAUGAACUUGGUGGCGACAUGUGACCCUGCCAAUGCUCACUACGUUAUGAGUUCCAACUUUGACAACUUCCCCAAAGGGCCUGAAUACAAGCAGAUGUUUGAUAUCUUAGGAGACGGGAUUUUCAACUCCGACUUGGAUUUGUGGAAAAACCAGCGGAUAGCAGCUCAAGGAUUCAUGAGACAUCACCUUUUCCACCAAUUCUUGUUGAGGACUAGCCGAGACAAGGUGGAAAUGGGGCUGAUGCCCAUCAUUGACCAUGCUGCUAAACAUGGCUUGGUCAUCAACUUAGAAGACAUUUUCCAAAGGUUCACGUUUGAUUCUGCAUGCAUCUUGGUUACCGGCUCUGAUCCAAGUUCCCUCUCCCUUGAACUCCCUCAAGUUCUUUUCUCCAAGGCCGUGCAUGAUGGCGAGCAAGCAAUAUUUUAUAGGCAUGUUAAACCACGAAGCUUUACCAAGUUGCAGAAGUGGUUGAACAUAGGACAAGAAGGGAAAUACAAGAAGGCAUCGAAAGUUGUUGAUGAUGUAUUAGCUGAAUAUAUAUGUCAGAAAAGAAAAGAAGUGAACAAGCUGAACCAACAGUUGGUAUCAAAAGAUGGUGUGGAUAUCUUAACAUCAUACAUAACUGAAAAGGAAUCAACAGGUUUGAAAUGUGAUGAUAAGUUCUUGAGAGACACCGCUCUGAAUAUGAUAAUUGCUGCGACGGACACGACGAGCACUGCUCUUACUUGGUUCACUUGGCUGGUUUCCAAGCAUCCAAUAGUGGAAAACAAGAUCAUAGAAGAACUUGAAUCAAAAAUACCUAUAGGUGAAACCAAAUGGAGGCGGCUAUUCAAUGUCGAUGAGGUAAAGAAUUUGGUUUAUCUCCAUGGAGCAUUGUGUGAGGCAUUAAGGUUGUAUCCACCAGUCCCUUUCAAUCAUAAGGAACCUGUCAAACCAGACAUACUUCCAAGCGGGCAUCCAGUUCAUCCAAAGACAAAAAUCUUGUUUAGUGUGUAUUCAAUGGGAAGAAUGAAGUCAAUCUGGGGAGAAGAUUGCUAUGAAUUCAAGCCUGAGAGAUGGAUUAAUGAGAGAGGAGAAAUCAAACAUGAGUCAUCGUACAAGUUCUUAUCUUUUGGCGCAGGGCCCAGGAUAUGUUUGGGGAAGGAAACAUCAUUUAUUCAGAUGAAAGCCGUGGCAUCUGCUCUAAUUUACAAUUAUCGUAUUCAUGUAAUGGAAGACACUCCGGUUGUUCCGGCCGUAUCGGUUGUCCUGCACACCGAGAAUGGACUGAUGACUAGGAUCUCCAAGCGAUGGUAA